AUGCAACGCCUACAGCAAGCGGCUGCGACAGCCGCAGGCCCUCUUCUUGAGGGGGUCAUUGCAGCAGCAGCAGCAGCAGCAGCAGCAGCUCCAGCAGCAGCAGCAGCAGCAACAGCAGCAACAGCAUCACGGACGCGAGACCUGUUUGCCUGCGGUAUUGGGCCAAGGGGGGGCCCCCUACCUUGGGGGCCCUCUUCUUGCACCUCACUCGAGCAGCUGCUGAGAUCCAGCAGCAGCAGCAGCAGCAGCAGCAGCAGCAGCAGCAGUUUGGGUUUUGCGCAGCAGUUUAUUUCGGGUGUAGUAUCACCUCUGCAGCAUAAACCCUUCUUAGGGGCCCCCAUCUCUCUCUCUAGGGGCCCCCAGCAGCCUCAGCUGCAGCAAAGCGAUCCUCACCAGGGGCCCCCAUCUCUCUUUCUUACUAAACCCUGCUACCAAGGGGGCCCCCCGGGGGGCCCCCCUUCAAACCCAUCUCUCAUGUUUGGGGGCCCCCUGGGGGCCCCCUUCAACACCUCUCAGGGGGCCCCCCUCAUGGGGGACCCUAUGGGGGCCCCUCUAAAGGAUCCUAUGGGGGCCCCUCUAGGUUUCCCCGUGGGGGCCCCCCUGGGGCCCCCAAUGGGGCCCCCAAUGGGGCCCCCAACGGGGCCCCCCAUAGAGUACCCUCUGGGUGUCCCGUGUAAAGAUGCAGUAGAUCCUAUGGGGGCCCCCUUGGGGGCCCCCUUUCCCUAUAAGGAUUCAACAGUAUACCCUGUGGGGGCCCCCCCCCCUGUAGAGGCCCCCCCGCCCUUGGGGGCCCCCCUGCCCAUGGGGGCCCCCACAGGGGGGCCCCCUGGUGGGUACUAUUGCAACAAAGUACGGAGCGAUAAGAGGUCUCGUAAGCGAGCGUUUGCUCACCGGGGAUACUACGGGCGGCAGCGGCGGCUGCAGCUGAAACACCAACGCCUGCGGCUGGCGUUUGCUUAUGAGGGGAUAGACCUCCUUAAGCUUAAGUCUCUGCAGUGGGGAGAACAGCAGCAGCAGCAGCAGCAGCAGCAGCAGAAGCAAGAGAAAGCUGCAGCAACGUAA